AUGCUCGUGUCAUUUUUUGAUAAAGUUGUCCAAGUAAGUUACAAAAAUGUUGAUCACCUGGUAAGUGUAUGGGCUGAGUGGGCAGAGUUGGAAUUGAGGCAUAAAAAUUUCAAAGGGGCAUUGGAGCUGAUGAAACGUGCCACAGCUAAGCCUUCUGUUGAGGUAAAACGAAGAGUUGUCACUGAGAAAGUGGAGACUCAUGUUGCCGUAGUUGAGGAAAGCACCGAGGCCCCUCCAGCAUCCGAAGAAAAAGAGGAUCCAUUUGUCAACAUUGCUCCCAAGAAACCAAACUGGGAUCUUCGAAGGAAUGUACAGAAGAAGCUUGAUAAGCUUGAAAGGCGCACACCGAAGCAAUAUUCAAACUUAGGGCGACAGUGGGCAGUCAAUGAACCUGUCUUGGAAAUCCUGUGA